AUUAAUCUUGCGUGGCUUUUAUUUUGAAAUACUUGGAAUUAAACGUCGCUUAUUUUUCCUGGAUUCACCGGAGGUGCCGUGUCGUGUGUGUGAUUAUAUCAGGUCAUUCAGUGGUAAAAGUUUGUAGGAAUCCUGAAUCCUGUCAGUUGGCAGACAAUGGCUGAUGAUGGUCUAGCAGAGGAUUAUCCCACCGAAAUCGAGGAAAACCUCAAUGAUUUUGACUCCUCUGUCGGCUCUGUCCAGAAUAUGGUCCAAACACUUGUGUCUGUAUCCAGAAGUGAUCAUCUGCUUAAACUGGAUCCUCUCGAUCAAGCUAAACUGGAUCUGAUGUCUGCAUAUGCCCUCAACUCUAUGUUCUGGAUGUAUCUGGUGACACAAGGAGUCAAUCCGAAAGACCAUGCGAUCAAACAGGAAUUGGAGAGAAUCAGGACAUAUAUGAACAAAGUUAAAGAGAUCACGGACAGAAGAAAAGCUGCACGUCUGGAUAAAGGUGCAGCAUCGCGGUUUGUUCGGAAUGCACUGUGGGACGCUGAGGACAAGAAAAGAAAGGACACAACUGAGCAUUCCCGCAAAGGAAAACACACGAGGUUUUCUUGAUUGAGUUGACUGGUGAAAUGCAUAUUGAAGUUUCUCAACAAAUAUUUAGCAGAGUUUAAGAUCAAGCGCAACACAUUUCUCAACUUGCUUAAGAAGUGUGUCAUUUGCCCUGUGACUGUUCAUAAUGUGGUGCUGUUGAUGGUGUAGGACUACAUGUUGAGUAGGAUCAUUAUUUUCAAAAUGGCUUGUAUGAAACCCCAUACAAGUUUGAUUUUUUUUUUUUUUUUUUUUUUUUUUUUUUUAUAUAUAAUUUCUUUUAUUGUUUUAUUCUUAUUUCUUUCCUGUAGUCUUGAGUUUGUUUUAUAUCUGGGGUUACAUAAUCUGAAAUGUGUGAUGUGGACCAUCCAUAAUACCAGUCCCAUUAAAACUUCUAAAUCCCC